GUGCGUGUGCAGGGUCUGGCAGCGUAACAUCUGUGCGUGCGUACGCGGUCGUGAUUGUUGUGAAGAUGGCGGAGGGGGAGACAGAAAAGGAAUAUGAUACACGGAAAGCCACCGAGGAGCUCCGCGGCCGCUUCCAGGCUCUGACCGCGGCUCUAAAGGAGAGCCGCCUGCCUCCGCUGGAAGCCUCCCUGCACUUCUGCCAGGAUUUCUGCCAGGUUCUGGUGGAACAUGCUGGUCGUUGGAAAACGGACGAAGACCCGCUGCCCCUGCUGGAGGUUUACACCGUGGCCAUCCUCAGCUUCGCCGAGGCUGCUUCCUGUCUCUCCUCCGAUUGUGAAAACGUGCCACUCCUACUUGAAAAGUUAGCGUUGAGCUGUGUGGAGCUGCUGCUUUCAGUGCCCCAGCAUGUCCCUGGUGCCUUAUGGGAGGAGUUUCAGUCCUCCGUGAAGUUGGCACACAGCCUUUUGCAAGAAAGUGGGAGCACACAGCUCCGUCUGCUCUCAGUUCUGGCACAGCAGGACGGCGUAUGGGCCAACACCACAUUAAGCAGCAUCCUGUCCAAUCAGAUUCCUCGGCCUGAUCAAGUGCACGAGUAUCUUGAAUCCGAAGGCCCCACACUUCUCAACAUGCGAAUCAAGCACCUUAUCAAAGUGGACAGCGUUGAUAAAGCUGCUGUCCUGGCGAAGAUCUGCUCGGAUUAUCCAGGGUAUGAAGGAAAAGGCAACUUCAAGCAGACCUACUUGGUUUGCAUCUGCAUGACAAAGAGUCAGGAGCAGCUGAGGGAAGAGAUUUCGUCGAUAGAUUGCAAAGACGCUCUGGAAAUGAUCUGCAACCUGGAGUCGGAGGGCGAUGAGAAGGCAGCGCUGUGUUUGUGCACGGCCUUUCUGAAGCGACAGCUCCUUCAGGGAGACGUUUACUGUGCCUGGGAACUCACGCUGUUCUGGAGCAAGCUGCUCAUGCGGCUGGAGGCGUCCGCCGAUUCGUUUCUCCGACACAGCAAGGAGAUGGCCCUCCUGUGCGGAAAUGUCUGCCACAUUCUGUUUCUCAUCAAAGUUAUCCAAAACGAGGUUGGAGAGGUGGGGCUUCCAGUCUGCGUAGAAAUGUGUAUUCAGGCUCUAAAAAUGACCUCCAGUGACCACAAAGAAAGCAAGUCUACCCUCUGCAAGACCAUUUCCUGCCUGCUGCCCACUGAUCUGGAGGUGAAGCGGGCGUGCCAGCUGACCGAGUUCCUCCUGCAGCCCACCGUCGACUCGUACUACGCCGUGGAGUCGCUGUACAACGAGCCCGACCAGAAGCCGGAGGAGGACGGCAGCCUGCCGGUGCCCAACUCCCUGCGCUGCGAGCUGCUGCUGGCCCUGAAGACGCAGUGGCCCUUCGAUCCGGAGUUCUGGGACUGGAAGACGCUGAAGCGCAACUGCCUGGCGCUGAUGGGCGACGAGGCGGCCAUCGUCUCGUCCAUCGACACGCUCAACGACACGGACGAGCAGGACGUGGAGAGCGCGCUCGGCAAGCUGCCCGAAUACAAAGACCUGGAGGAUUUCUUGCUCACCACCACCAACGAGCUCAACGAAAUCACCGACGAGAAGGAGAAGAACCGAGAGGCCAAGAAGCUGCGGGAGCAAGGCUUCGUGUCCGCCCGCUUCAGAAACUGGCGUGCCUACAUGCAGUACUGCGUCCUGUGCGACAAGGAGUUCCUGGGCCACAGAAUCGUCCGUCACGCCCAGAAGCACUUCAAAGACGGCGUGUACCUUUGUCCGAUCUGCGCCGACAGCUUCGAAAGCAGGGAGGUGCUGGAGCCGCAUGUAGCAUCGCACGUGAAGCAGUCGUGCAAAGAGAGACUGGCGGCGAUGAAAGCCGCGCGGAAGGUAACCAAAGCGCCCCAGUCGCCCAAAAGCCUGACCAAGAUGGUGAAGGCGGUGGCCAGGGCGAGCAUGAGUCCCGUGAAGAUCGAACCCCAAGUCGCCGACAUCUCCGCGUCGCCCGUGAAGCUGCAGCAGCCCCGCCCCGACACCCAGAUCAGCCAAGACUGUUACUGUCCCGUGACAAACUGCACCAAGGCGUUCAAGUUCUUCCGCAACCUGAUGGCCCACGUCCGCUCCCACAAGGACGACGAGGAGGCCACGAGGUUCCUGGAGAUCCAGAAGCAGAAGGUGGUGUGCCAGUACUGCAGGAGGCAGUUCGUCAACGUCCGCCACCUCAACGACCACCUGCAGAUGCACUGCGGCAACAAGCCGUACAUAUGCAUCCAGCUGGACUGCCGGGCCAACUUCAACUCCAACUCGGAGCUCCUCAUGCACAGGAAGACGCACGGCGAGUUCAAAGCCCAGUGCAUGUUCCCCAACUGCGGGCAGGUGUUCGGCGAGGCCUACCUGCUGUACGACCACGAGGCCCAGCACUACCUCACCUACACCUGCCCGGCCGAGAGCUGCGGGAAGAUAUUCUACGCGGAGUCCGAGUUCCUGGCUCACCAGGAGCAUCACAGGGCGAACGAGGCUGUGAGCAGCUUCGUCGUCUCCAACCAAAACCCCGCGCUCCCCGCAAAGCCCGCCGCUCCGCCCGAGGGCGCGCCGCUUCACGACGACGCGCAGCUCGCCGGCUACAACCGAGACGCACUUAUGAAGGAAGCCUCAAAGGCACAUGUGGCGUCGUGCCGCUCACCAGGGGUGGCUAAGGAUCCCGCCAACAUGAAGGUGAAGCACUCCAUCGAGAACAUGUUGAAUUCAAUGGCAGUUCCGGGGAUGAAAGACGCAGAGCAAUGCUUCACGCCGCUGACUAACCCGGCGCCCGCCGACGGCAAUCUGCCGCCGGACGUGCCGCACGUGCAGCUCCACGCUCCUCCGGCGUACCCGGUCCCCUGCGCGGCCAAUCCCGCGCCAGCUCCGCCGAAGGAGGCGCCGCGCGGCGACUUUCAGAGGAUCGCGCCGCAGAUCCUCACCGCCAAGCAGAUCAAGACGGAAGUGCCCGGCUCCAUGCAGGGAUACCCGUCCGGCGUGCCGGGCGUCCCCGCGGGGAACGAGGAGAACCUGCACUGCUGCCCGAGCAGCGUCUGCUCCCGGGCGUACAGCACCAACAAGAGUCUGUCCCGGCACGUCAAGAAGCAGCACCCGGAAAUCUUCGAAGACUGGAAGCUGGCGAAGAAGUACAACAAGGUGGCCAAAAUCACGGCGAAAAAGGGGCAGAAGCACUCCCACCCGCCAGCGAUACUAUGCAACAAAGCAGCCGUGCAGCAGAUGGAUUAUCCGAUGGGAUGCUCCGCCUCACCCUCUCAGUGCUAUCCUGGGUCAGUCGAGCCCGUGCCUAUAACCCCGAUGGUCAAUCCCUCGGUGUACCCCUCCUGGGGAUCCGGGAGCAACCCCGCCGCAGUCAUGCAGUCGGACCUGUCGCAGUCGUGGUCUCCUCCCAUGAACAAUUGCUACCCCGACAGCUUCAACAUGAGCGAGUACUCGUCCCGCAGCUAUCCCGCCUGGCCGGCAGACCCCUAUCAGAACCCCCUGCCUCACCCCUCGGACCGGGACCCCUCCAUGGCAGCUAUGCACGCUCCCGCCAUGUCGCCUGCGCCUUCGGAGUCGACCCUAAUGUCUCAGUACGUCUCCAGCUCCCUCAUGCUGGACAACGGCGGGCACAUGCACAACGGAGGACAUCAGUACGGGCUGAUGCACGCCGAGCAUCCAGACGGCAGGAAGGGCGGCGCCGGCCUGAUGGGACACCACCUGGACAGCAGCAACAGCCUGUCCACCGUCGACACCCUUCCCGACGGGAGCUACCACACGCCGUACGCGGCGAGCGAAAACUCCUGCCUCACCCAGGGCUCCUCCGUCGACGUGCCGCUGAAGUGCGUGAGCCCCGAGUCGCAGGUCGCCUUGAAGGUUCCCAGCGCGGUCGCCAAAACGGAGAGCAGGUCGAACCCCGGCUACGAGCAGAUGGACAACCCCGGCGACGGGCAGAUGGACAACCCGGGCGACGGGCUGGUCGGCAGCCCGCACGCCGCCGUCCCCGCCGACUUCCCGUACGACGAGGAGUGCCCCGACGCCGACUGCCGGGCCAACCCGCCGGACGAGAAGAGCGGCGAGCCCGACGCCCUGAAGGCAAAGCGCAGCCGGCUGAGCAAGCGGACCAAGUGGCCGGCCAUCAUCAAAGACGGGAAGGUGAUCUGCAGGAGGUGUUUCAGGGAGUUCACCAGCACCAAGUCCCUCGGCGGGCAUCUCUCCAAGCGCUCCCAGUGCCGACCUCUGGACGAGAUCGACCUGACGGCGGACCUUCCCACGUCCUUCCUGGACUUCCUCAACGACCCCCACGUGCCCGACACCAACGGCGCGGUGUUCGGCGUGCCGAACGGCGACUUCUCCGACGCCUCGUCCAGCCUCGCCGCCCUGACUCUGCCCGUGAUGCUGAAGCAGGAGCCUCAGAGCACAAGCGUGACGGACGAGUCCAGCCCCUUCCCCGUUUGCCCCGAGGGCCGGCAGGAGAAGCCGGCGGAGGCGCCCGAGCCGCCGCCGCCGCCGCCGCGCGUCGGCCCCUCCCGCGAGGACAACCUGACGGAAAUCUCCAGCGCCUUUCAGAAGCUGGACUUGAUCGAGGCGGCACAGGAGAAGAUGAGGAACGCCGCCAUGGCCUUAGAGCAGAAGGAGAAGGCCUCCGAAGCAGAGAAGAGUAAAACGCAAAGCAAAGGCAACGAGAAACCCAGCGAAAAGGUGCCUAAGCCUUUUAAAUGCGACCAGGACGACUGUGAGUACUCGUUCAUGACGAAGGAGUCCCUGUUCAAACACUUGAGCAAGAUACACGACCUCUCCAACGAGGUGAUCGAAGAGCUGAAGAGGACACCGUUCAAGCUGUCGCCGUAUUCCUGCCAGGUCUGCCUGAAGACGUUCACCAGAACCACGGGCCUGAGGAUCCACUACGAGAAGGUCCACCGGCUGUCCAAGGCGGAGAUGCAGAAGCUGAAGAUCAGCGCGCGGAACCGCCGCGCCUUCAGGCUCAACAAGGACGCCGCGCUCGGCAGUCAGCCCAACAGCGAGCGCGGCCCCAACCCCCCCGCCGCGGGAUCCGCACCUCUGAUGCCUAUUUUAAAACAAGAACCAGUCGACAUUGCGAUAGCUCCUCAACCCGACGCCGCCGCUCCUCCACAGGUUCCUGAAGUCGCUCCGGGAGAGGCAGCGAAUCAGGCUCCGACACCUGAGGUACUGACUGUUACACGGCUGCCGUCGCCCACAAACUACCUGAAUGAAAGGCCGCCGGCGGCCGCGGCACCGCCCCCGGCUCCUAAACUGACCCCAGAGCGCCCCAAAGCAGCUGUCGUGCACAGGAGUCCGAAAAAGAAAGUGAAUUCCUGCGUGAAAGAGAAACGGAGUCCGGUAACCAAGGCAGACGUGCACCAAGAAAGACCCGAGCCGUUUCAGAACGUAGCGAGAGAGCCGCAGACCCCCGGCGCCUCCGCCUGCGCUUCCCCCGAGAAGCCGAGCAGCUCCAAAAGCACGCCGACGAAGGAGGAGAGGAAGGAGAAAGCCCCGAAGCGGCUGAGCCUCAAAUUGUGCGAGACGGCGGACAACGCCUUCAGUCCGUACAGACCGUACCGCUGCGUUCACGAGGGGUGCACCGCGGCGUUCACCAUCCAGCAGAACCUGAUCCUCCACUACAGGGCCAUGCACCAGGCGUCGCUUCCCCCCGCCAAAGCCGAGCCCGAGGCCCAGGAAGACGUGCCGGAGGCGGAGCCGGAGCUCAGUCAGAACGUCGGGACAGACGAGGAGGUCAGGUGUCAGGUGAGGAACUGCUCCAGGGUGUUCAUGGGAAUCACGCGGCUGGUGCAGCAUUACCUCCUGCUGCACAAGUUCACCUGCGACAAAGCCACCGCCAUGUUGGCCAGCAUGGCCCUGGGCACGUUCAGCUGCGACCGGCCCGAGUGCGCGCUCCCCUUCGACUCCGUGGAGAAGUACAUCGAGCACAUCAAGAACUACCACAAGGAGAUCGCCGUUUCCGAGCGGGGCUCGGUGGACCCGACGUUCCGGUGCGAGUACGACGGCUGCGACCGCGUCUACACUACAAAGUCCAACCUGCUGCGUCACCUGAUCAAGAAGCACGACUACGUCUACGACCCCAAGUCGACGGACGGCCGACGGACCAAAUCGAUCGGGCUCUUUCCGGGCGUCAACAACGGGAAGGAAAACGUGGAGAGCAAGUUCAAGGUGAAGAAGAAGAACACUAAGAAGAAAGACGGGAAGGCCAUCGAACACUGGACCAGCUUUGGGAAGCCUACGCUAAAGUCCCACGAAGAGGCGUCGGCCAUGUGCACCAAGAAGUCCGCCCUGCAGUACCCGUGCAUGAUCAUCGGCUGCGACGCCGUGGAGCGGGCGGAGCGGAGCAUAUUCAAGCACUACGCCACUCACGGUCUCACGGAGCGAUACAUCGAGGACCAGAGGAGUCAGUUCAUCUUCUGCAAGAAGUGCUCGCGCUCCAGAUUCAGAGACGCGGGCAAGUCGGAGGGCGCGUCCAGCUCCUCCGAGACGGAGCCGGACGAAGGGGAGAAGCCCGCCGAGCAGAAAACCGAGGAGGAGGGGGAGCUGGCGGUGGAGGAGGAGGAAGAAGAGGAAGAAGAGGAGGAGGAUGAGGAGGAGAAAACACCAGAAGAAGAAAGCAAGAUCCCCGCCGACGUAACCGCAGAAUCUCAAGCUUCCAGCGCGGCACAAGGAGGCGUUAAAAGAGGGCGUCCCAGAAAGCCUCCCCACCCGACACCAGCCUGUCCACAGAGGAUCCAGACCCUGAGGAACCGCCUGACUGUUAGCAGCUCCACCGAGAACUCGAAUCCCGGGACCCCGACGCCCCCGGAGCAACGGGAGGACGGGGCCCCCGCGGAGCCGUUCAAGCCUCUAGGGCUGGAGGACUCCUUCCUCAAGUUUCUGGAGACCACGGAGACGACGAACACGAACGCGUGCAAGCGCAAACUGAACGAGAACCCCGGCGCGGACGUGCCGCCCAAACGGAAGCAGACGCUCAAACGGAAAGCCGCGUUCAGGAGCAAGAAGGUUAACGAGCUGACGAACGGCAGCGACGUGGUGGACUUCAGAAAUCCGCUAAAUCUUAAGUCGGCGAGUAAUGUAAAAAUUGUUAUGGAUAAAACGUUUUCGGAAGGGGCGGAGUCCGUGCUCAAGCAGUUACAAUAUAUGAAGCCGAUGGUUAUUAUUAAGAAGUGGCUUCUCAGCAGGUCAUAGCCCAGUGUUUGGUUUUUAACUCAAUAUUACUCAGGAUUUGAGAUGUUAUGCUGCAGAAUGGUUUUGUUUCAUAAAGCAUCAGAUUUCCAACUGUUAACAGUCAUUACCACAGGUGACGAUGAAAUGGCCUAUUUUAUACUUCAUUAAAUAAUGUCUCGGAUGAUUUUAAAUAUGUAUGUUAGUUAUAAUAACCAGGUAAUCUAUAGGGCAUAGAUUUUAGAAUCAUGUUUGUAUUUAUGCUUAGUACUGAAGAUGUUUCUUUUUUUUUUUUUCUUUUUGCUAAAUGGACACUUUUAAAGAAAACAAUGUUUUUAAUAUAUCCCUAUGGGAUUUCAAGUUCUGUUUGUAUUUAUUUCAUCCUUUUUCAACACUAGUAGACCUAUCUGUAAUAUUUACAUGUCUUCCACAAAGUGUUCAAUAAAAUGUUACUGGGUCUUUUU